AUGUCUGUAGGAACAGAAGGAGCCUUUGAGUUAAUAAGGCGUUACCGAACCAAAUGGAGGCUCAACGUGGAAGGAACGCUCCCGGCCAACCUCAAAGAGAGGGGUGUAGACAGCCCAAAAGUAGUUUCCGACUACCCCUUCCGGGAUGAUGCACUUCUGACGUACAACGCAAUCCUGCAGUACGUAACCGAAUACGUGCUCCUAUAUUAUCCAUCCGACGACGUGUUGUCUAAAGACCGGGAGAUACAGGAAUGGCGGGCAGAACUUGACAUACCCAUAGAAAAUGGUGGUCUCGGGGUCCUGGGUGUUGAAGGUGUUGACGGGAAGUUUACGUCACGUGACCAGUUGAUUCAGGUCGUCGCGAGCAUCAUUUACACGUGCAGUGCGGGUCACGCGGGUGUGAACUUCAAGCAGUAUGAUGAGUACGCCUUUCCGAUGAACUACCCAUCAAAGCUGCGAGGAAAACCGCCCAGCGACAAAAGAAGUCAUUCUGAACGCGAUGUGCUGAAAGCCAUUCAAGAUCGCUCUGACCAGUACAGACUUCUGACGAUAGUAAAAAUUCUCAGCGAGCAUUCUUUCGGGAAACCGUUGGGAAACUUUGAAAUAGAUUACGUCUGCGAGCAGAAAGCGUUGGAUAUUGUCGAAAAGUUUCGAGAAGAGCUAAAAAAGGUUCAUGAAACAAUCCAAGAAAGGAACAACAAAAGACCAAUCCGCUACGAUUACAUGGAUCCAAUCUUAAUACCAAAUUCUAUCAGCAUCUAAGGAAAACACGCUCGAUUGCAUCUGAAGCCCUCGACGUAAAGAAACCACCACGAGUCCGUUCCCUUUCACCAGUAUUUUACGUAUUCGAAAUAUCAGUAGAAAACCCAGUUGGGACCGAACCCGUGACAUUCCGGUCGAAAGGCGGACACCAAUAUUCACCACACAAAUGCGGCUGUAAAAUAUAUCCGAAACAAUAACAAACAAUACUUGAAUAAUCUGCACUCAACAGAAAGGAAACAUCAUUCUGGUCGUUUGCAUUUUGUUAAAUGAAACAUUAAAAUGUAACAUGUUUAAUUUGAGAAGUAACAAAUAAAAAGUUUUGAAUAAACUAUUAAACAAGUCAAGAAUGUAGCAACAUUUAUAAUGUUU